GCCAUUAGCUCUGCAACUCCUUGUUUCCUCAGAACGAGAUAAUCCACUUAUUGAGCCUGAAGAUCAUCGAAAGACGCGUUCUUUCCUCUAGCGAUGGCUCCUUGUUGCCCGGGAACCAGAGAAACCACUCCAUUGUCGCAACAAUCACCUAAAAAUGUGGUUUAUACCCUUGAGAAUCACCUGAGUCCCCUAUAUGCCCACAAGCUUUGAGCUCUGCAACUCCUCCUCGCCCUAAAGCCACAAUACUCGCUCCAUUCCGAUCACUAGCGCAACUAAAACCACCUUGUACCCUUAACAAAUACCGAAAUUCCCAUAUUGUCCUAACCACCAUGAGCUCUGCAACUCCCUCUUUUGGCAAAAAAGUAUAGAAAAACCAUGGAUGAGGGCUCAGAGAAGAAGGAAAUGGGCCCUAGAAGUGGCAUAUCUCUUCUCUUUAUUGACCUCAAUGAGAUCCCAACCAGUAGUGGUAGUAACAGUGGGCUUGAGCCCACUUCCCCCGAGACCUAUGAGCUUGUGUGCCAGAUCCACAAGCCCAGGAUUGAACCCGUGCGUGGUCCUGCAGAGUCACCUGGUGAAACCGGGGUCGGUUUGUGUCCUAUUUGCGGGAGGUUGGAGUCCAGGGGUGGAACAGUAAUUUGUGACGCUUGUGAGAGUGGCUUCCAUUUGGGGUGCGUCAAGCUUAGGGUUAGGAGUGCUUCCUUGCUCGAAGAUUGGAUUUGUCCUAAUUGCCUGGGCGGUGGGGCCCGAAGCCGUCGAUGGGCACUUGGGUGGCAGAGGGAGCCUGCGAGGAUGAUUGAUAUGAAUGCUCCCCCGCCCAAUGAGAGUGAGGGCGAGUUUGAGGACAUUGAUGGGGUUUCGAGGAUGCACAAACUUUGCAUGGACUUUGACAAAGGCGCUACUCUGGAAUCAUUUAUGCCGUCUUCUCAUUUGGGAAAUGAAUCAAAUGGUUUCCUUUUAAAACACUUAGGUGUACCAAAUAACAUGAUGAAAUCUGUGUCCAUUGGAAAACUGCAACAUGGACUUGAGAAAGGCAAUGCUUCAAACACUGAUGUUCCAUGCACUCCAACUCUUGAGAAUCCUCUAAGUAUCAAUACGCUGAAUUCAGCACGAGAAGAGAUUUUUUUGCAAGAACUGAAAAAAUUUAUUCUAGAAAGAAAUGGGGUUUUAGGAGAAGGUUGGCAUAUUGAGUUCAAACCAUUCAGCGAUAAUGAAGUCUAUGCUGUCUUUUGUGCUCCAGAUGGUCACAAGUUUCAGUCAAUGUUUGAUGUUGCUCAUUAUAUUGGAGUUUUGGACAGCAAUUCUCAUCUGGAUGCUAUAGAAAGGCUUGAAAACUCAACUUCGGGCCAGAAGGGUUUACCUUUGCGGAGAAAGAGAAAGGCAUUGGCUAGACUGAAGUAUGCUGAUCAAGAUUCAUCCAGAAGUAAAUAUUUGAUGGAGAAUGAGGAAGCUGGAAUGAGGGAGACUGUAGAAGUUCCAUCUGAUAUUGAUACAGAUCCCAGUGCUUAUAAUUUAAAGUGUGAUGAUCGAACUUCAGAGGGUAUGGCGGAGAAGUGUGAUGAUCGAAGAACUUCAGAGGGUGUGGUGGAGGAGUGUGGCUCACUUGGAAGUUCUCAUCAUCUCAAUGUUGAUUUCCCAGUGCAAUAUGGAGAUUUCUUUCUUCAUUCUCUGGGGGGCAUUGAUGCUCGACCGUCAUAUCACAAUGCUACUCAAAUUUGGCCUGCUGGUUAUAAGUCUAGCUGGCAUGACAGAAUAACUGGGUCACUAUUUACCUGUGAGGUGUCUGAUGGGGGUGAUACUGGACCAGUGUUCAAGGUCAGAAGAUGUCCUUGCUGUAAAACUUCUAUGCCAAUUGGGUCAAGCAUCCUUGUGCAUGCAAAAGCUGACCUUGAUAUUGCAAAUGACCAAGGGAAAUUAGAAAGUGAACACCCUACUGUCGAGGGGGAAUGCGACAUGGAUGAUGAUCUUCACAUGCUUCUCUCAGAUCCGAGUGAUUCAGUUUCUUCCUGUUUAUAUCCCCUUCAGGACCAUGAUUUUUGUGCUCCUCUGCGCUUGCAAGAAGCCUGCCUUGAUACACGUGGAGAGAGAACUUUGUCAUCACCCCAAGUUAAAAAUGAUUUGAGGGAUGAAAUUGGUGAAUUUUUUGUUGAAGGGAGAACAUCAUCUUCAGUAUGGAACUUGGUGUGUCAGACCCUUAUUGAUGCAUGCUAUGAAGCUCUCAGGCAUAAAGGUUCCCUGCAGCUUUUUUGCUGUCAUGACACUGGAGAGGUAUCCCCAUCAUAUUCCCCAACUACAGGCAGUCAGGGUAUGUUAAGCAAAUUUUGCAGUGAUAGAGGUCCUUUGAAGAUCCCAUGCGUCUUCAAUAGCGAACAAGAUCUAGAGGAUGCAUGCAUUGAACUUGUGAAAUGGCUUGAUCGAGAUAGAUUUGGACUUGAUGUUGAAUUUGUGCAGGAAUACAUAGAACGCCUUCCUGGUGCCCUUGAUUGUUUUAAGUAUGAACCUCUUUCCACAAGGAGCAACUACUCAACAUCUCAAACCGUCGGAAGUGGUUUUCUUCUUGUGAAACGGAAGAGGGAGCUUUUAUGUGAUGGGGGGGAACCCUUGGUUGAUGUACCUCUGGAGCUAAAAAAAUCUAGGAAGAAUCAGUCCGCUGAAGACCUUGAAAUUGAUGAACACAGUCCUCCACCCGGUAGACCUUUGAGUACCAAGCUUCCUCCAGAGUUGGUUGGUGAUGUUUUUCAGGUCUGGGAACUAUUAGUGCGUUUCUAUGAUAUUUUGGGUUUGAAAGAGCCGCUUUCCUUUGAAGAACUUGAGGAGGAGCUUAUAGAUCCAUGGUUUGAGGAUACCAAUAUCUUGGAAAAAUUCGAAAAGGAGCUUCAGGAAUCCAGAGACUCAUCUGAGCAGAGUGGAAGUGAAAACCUGGGCCACCCUCCCCUUUCUUCCGUUUCAAAUUUUAGAUCAGAAGAUCCGCAUGCAUUUAUUCUCCUGGAAUCAGGAGCCAUGAAGGAGGCUUCUCUGGCUAAAGUGGCGUCACGCACAUAUGGCAGGUGCACUGGUGUAGCUUUGACAAGGGCUCAUGUGUCACUGUUGAAGGUCCUUAUUGGUGAGUUGCAGUCUAAACUUUCAGCCAUUGUGGAUCCAAAUUCUGAUGCUGGAGAAAUGAAGUCUAAACGAGGAAGGAAAAGAGAUUUGGAUAACUCUAUGACUGUGAAAAAAGCAAGGAUGGAUUUGUUGCCCAUUAAUGAGCUAACAUGGCCAGAGUUGGCUCAUAGAUACAUUUUAGCUGUUUCAGCUAUGGAUAGCAGCCAUGAUUCUGGGGAGAUUUCUAUUCGUGAGGCUGUGAAGCUUUUGCGCUGCUUGCAAGGAGAUGGAGGAGUACUCUGUGGUUCCCUUUCUGGAGUGGCCGGCAUGGAAGCGGAUGCCUUGCUGCUUGCAGAGGCUGAAAAACAAAUUUCUGGCUCAAUUAGGAGAGAAAAUGAUGCUGAUUUUAUUGAUUAUCAUGUGAUGGAUGUGGAUACUGCUGGGGAGAAGUCAGUGGCAAGUGGGACAGACAUCCCUGAGUGGGCAAAAAUGCUUGAGCCUGUGAGAAAACUUCCGACCAAUGUGGGAACCAGGAUUAGAAAGUGUGUCUAUGAUGCUCUGGAGAAAGAACCCCCUCAGUGGGCGAGAGGAAUUUUGGAGCACUCCAUAAGCAAAGAUGUUUACAAGGGUAAUGCAUCUGGCCCAACCAAGAAAGCUGUUCUCUCUGUUCUGGAGGAGGUGUAUGGUGAAGGGGUGCGCCCUAAACGGUAUAUGGAAAAGAAGGAAAGGCCAUUGCCCUCUGUAUAUGAGAUGAUUAUGAAAAAAUGCCGGAUUGUUCUACGCCUUGCAGUUGCUGCAGAUGAAAAGAAGACUUUCUGCAAUUUACUGGGGACAACACUUCUAAAUGGGAAUGACAAUGGGGAAGAGGGCAUCCUUGGUCCUCCUGCUAUGGUGUCUCGGCCUCUGGAUUUCCGAACCAUUGACUUAAGAUUGGCUGUAGGUGCCUAUGGUUAUUCCCAUGAGGCAUUUCUUGCAGAUGUUAGGGAGGUUUGGCAUAACAUAGCCACUGUUUAUGGUGACCGUUCUCAGCUCAUGCAAUUGGUUGAAUCACUCUCCCAAAAUUUCGAGUCAUUGUAUGAAAAAGAGGUUGUCAGCCUCGUCAAGAAAAUUGUUAGUGGGGCUGAUGCUGGUGGUUUGAAUGGUGCUGAAGUUAGAGACGAUGAUUCUUGUGCUCAUGGGAGUGAAAUCACUAAAGCUCCUUGGGAAGAGGGUGUUUGCAAAGUUUGUGGCAUUGAUAGGGAUGAUGAUAGUGUGUUAUUAUGUGACAGUUGUGAUUCGGAGUAUCAUACUUAUUGCUUGAAUCCUCCACUUGCCAAGAUUCCAGAUGGAAAUUGGUACUGCCCUUCAUGUGUUGCGGGUCAAUCAAAUACUCGAGAAAUGGCGUCAAUUGCUCAAGUGUCACUUGGGUAUCCACUAAAGCGAAGGUUUCAGAGUGAGGAGGCCCGUUCUUAUUCAGAGGCAUUGAAUGAAUUGGCAGUCACAAUGAGAGACAAAGAGUACUGGGAAUUUGACAUAGACAAGCGCAUAUUCCUGCUGAAGUUCUUGUGUGAUGAAGUGUUGAAUUCUACAGUCAUUCGUGAACACCUUGACCAAUGUGCUGAUAUAUCUGUCGAUAUGCAGCAGAAAUUACGCUCCCAUGCUGUAGAAUGGAGAAACCUAAAAUACAGAGAGGAAAUGCUGAUGAAAUCUUCACAGAAAUACACUGGUAGACUCAAUUGUGAUGCAUUUCAGGAGGAAGCACAGGGUUCUCUUCUUGGGAAUAAUAGUAGAUUGGCAGGACAUAACCAAGUAUAUGUAAAUGGACCUGCCUUUGAUUUCUCACUUUUAGGGAAUUCUCAGCAAGGAAUUCCUCCUAAUUCUGAGGGUAUCCAGAGAGAGAGUGGGUUUACAGAUACUGGUUCACCAUACUUGAGCAACAUGGCUGAUACGAAUUAUGAUGGAAACGGCCCUCACACUUGUGAUCUCUUGGAGCUGUCAAAUGGUGGAGGAAUUAAUGUUUACAAUGUGGGACACGGGGUAGUCAGAUUUACUGGAAUAUCAGAUCCCCCAAGAAGUGUUCAGAGCAGUAUAGACAAGGUCAUCGGUUUAAAUGCCCCUAUGAAUGAUUCUAUACAUCCAAACAUGGUUGGUGUUCCAGAAAUGUCGUGUUUUUCUUCAGAGAUUAGAAGGUCACAGCUAGCAGAUCAUACUCCAGCUGAAGGCAUUGAUUCUGCAUCUGUGAAAUCAGUUCCGUUAGCAAAUGGUAUGUUAGAAACACUGUCACAAGUUCAUGAGGAUGCCUCAAAUGUUCGAAUGGAUGUUAAUCUUGUGCCCAGUCCAGUGAACCCUAUAAAGCAUGACCUCCUGGUUUUGCAGGAAACAAUUGCCAGUGUAGAGUCAGAGUGCUCAAAAAUGUCUCUAAGAAAGGAGUUUUUGGGCAGGGAUUCUAUUGGUCGGUUGUACUGGGCUUUAGGGCGACCUUACAGAUCUCCACGAUUGGUUGUUGAUGGAAGUAUGGAGCUGCAAGGAAAGAGAAAGAGACCUGAUGUGGGCUAUGAGCCCUCUUCAAACCCUUCAAAUGGUUUACCUAUGAAUUUUUCUGUUCUUUCUAGUGAAGAGAUGUAUCCCCAGAAACAUUUGCCCUCUCAAUCAAAACUGAGGAAUUACUCAUGUGAUUCCCUUGGAUGUAACUCAUAUCAAAAGUAUGUUACAUUUGUUCCUCAUUUUCCUUUUGUUUGCUAUGAAUCUGAAUCAGAAAUUCAGAGUCUGAUUGAUUGGUUGGGGACUUCUUAUCCAAGUGAUGGAGAUUUGAAGGAAUGCAUCUUGCAGUGGCAAAAGCUUCGCCCUUUGCCACCCGUGAAUAUAAUUCCUAGUAGUUCCAAAAUGACAACAUCAAAGUGCUUUAAAAACAAUGAAAAAAAUAUUGCUCCUCAUUUGUUACUGACACGAGCUUCUAUUAUCUUGGAGAAAAAAUAUGGGCCAUGUUUGGAAUCAGAGCAGCAAGAUAUUCCAAAAAAACGUGGAAGGAAGUCAAAAGGAAAUUUUGAGGAGAAGAUGUAUCGGUGUGAGUGCUUGGAACCCAUAUGGCCUUCUCGAAGCCAUUGCCACUCUUGCCACAAAACAUUUUGCACUCAUUUGGAACUUGAGGGGCAUGAUGAUGGGCGCUGCAAUUCCAGUGUGCCUGUUCCGGAUGAAAGCAAGGAAAAUGAUGAUCCAUGUAAAGCGAAGAGGACCGGGCAUGAAUCUACCCGGCAAAAUAAUGGAAAUGAUGAAGCAGAUGUUUCUGAGGCAUCAAAAGGUGGAAAAGUGAUACUUAGCUCUAAUUUGCUUAACCAUCAUAAGAGUGGGUCACAGUGUCCUUAUAGCCUUGAAGAGAUAAGCAGGAAGUUCAUCACAAAAAAUUCCAACAGGGAAUUGGUGCAAGAAAUUGGUCUAAUUGGUUCAAAAGGUGUUCCACCACUUGUACCAGGUCCAUCUUAUAUUCAAGAAGAUGGAAUUUGUAUUUCUGAAGAACCGUUGUUUGGUUUACCUGGAGAAAUUGCUACUGCCUCUCAUACUGGUGUUUCAGUUGAAACCAGUCCGGGUACCUCAGAUUCACCUCUCAGCUGUGCAGUUAAUGAGGGGUCAUCAAAAAUUCAAGGGAACUCAAUUGAUAUUUCUUGCCAGGGAGAGGUUGCUCCAAGUUUCCCGAACUUGGUACAAAUUGACAAGUUUACUGUUCCUGACUCUUCAUUGAAGCCUAUGCUGGGAAGGGUUUCACAGAUUCUUAGAAGGCUCAAGAUAAACCUACUUGAUAUGGAUGCUGCCUUGCCAGAGGAGGCACUAAAGCCAUCAAGAGGACACUUAUUGAGACGGUGUGCCUGGCGUUCUUUUGUCAAAACUUCAGAAUCGAUAUAUGAGAUGAUCCAAGCUACAAUCAUUCUAGAAGACAUGAUCAAGACGGAGCACUUGAGAAGUGGUUGGUGGUAUUGGUCAUCCCUUUCGGCUGCAGCAAAGACAUCCACCAUCUCGUCUCUUGCUCUUCGAAUAUAUUCACUGGAUGCUUCCAUCAUAUACCAGAGGCUCCCUCCUGACCCAAGUGAAAACCCUAAGCCCUGCAAGUCCAGCAAGAAGCGAAAAGAUCCAGAUGGUUGAACGACAUUAAUUGGCUUAGCUCAUAUUUGUUUUUUCCCCCCUUUGGGGAGCUUGUAAUUAGGGCAGAGUGCACGAGUCAUAUUAGCUUUCCUUGUGAAUCUUGGCUCUGAUUUAUGAGUGAGAAGACCGAUUCUGCCCUUUACUUCCUGUUCGGGCGAAGCUCCAACCUGAACAAACAUAUUGGUGAUUUAUCUUGUCGCUCCAGUUUUCGAGGUCAUCACUCAAAAGAGAGAGCCCUUUAACCUGGAUGAAACAGCCAUAGACUAAUCGUAUGUCAGUUUCGUAUGAUUCUGUGAAAUUGGUAUCAGCUUUUUGUGCUUUUGGUGAUGGCUCUGAGCUAUACUUUUAAUGGGAGGGGAUUGUUGCAGCUAUACCUUGUGGCUGUGGUUUUCAUCUCAGUUGGGAUGGAAACGAAUAGAAGGAAAUUUGCAAAUAUGCUUUCAGACCCUCAAGAGACACGCAUGAAUCAUUUAUCCAUUAUCUGUGCAUCUUGUGUAUAUAUGAAACACUGACCCCCUAACCACCCAGAGUUGAGAGGUGCCCUUAUUUUGAUGCACUUCUGGAGUGGAAGCAUUUUUGGUUAAGUGCGUGGUGGGUGGUGGGUUUCUCCAUGUAAUUUGCAUAUGGCUUCAAUACCUUGGAACCCUAGAAGUGAUUCAGACACUGGUCUCUGAUAAGGGUGCGGCUCAGCUCUUCAUGGAUGUUCUUAGAAGCUUCUGUUAGCUGGGUUUUUUAUGUGGAUGACACGCUAAGAUGGGAACUGGUAUUUUUUUGUGUCUUGGAAGGCUACCUGAAGGACUUAAACUGAGUUCUUUUUUCAUGGAAGAGGACCUGAAAUGACUCAGUAUAGAUGGACUAAUCAGAUAGACAAACAGGUGAGCCCUUACGUCUUUCCAUUGUAGAAAAAGCAAAAUGAGGCGGGGCAUCAUUCUUUGUAUGUUAUGUAGUUUUGGUAGCGCAAUAUGACAGAGGUAUACAUCUUGUAAGCAAGCAUGCACGUAUCUAGGCAUUCUUGUGCAAUUUAAAUGGAAUGCACAUUUUGGUCUCAUAUUGAAACCUUCCUAGUUUUGUUUGA